UAGAUAGAGGCCGGGGAGGAACAUCUACAUGUAAGCAUCGCCAUUCGCCACUGCUUUCUUUUUCUCUGGGAGUCUCUUCCUCGAUUCGGUUUCUCUCUCCCAGCCUCCACCUUGCCGAACCGGGAGCUACUCUCAUUUGAGAGGGGAGACGAAGAAGUUCCUUGCUUCGAAUCUCAUUUGCAUCUGAUAAAGGAAAUCAGUGUGCACAAAUGGCAAAGAAUGUGGGAAUCCUCGCAAUGGACAUCUACUUCCCUACCACCUGUAUUAAGCAGGAAGUGUUGGAGGCUCAUGAUGGUGCAAGUAAAGGGAAAUACACAAUUGGACUAGGGCAAGAUUGCAUGGCCUUUUGUACUGAGGUGGAAGAUGUCAUCUCAAUGAGUUUGACCGUCAUUACUUCCCUACUUGAGAAAUAUGGGAUUGAUCCCAAACAGAUUGGUCGUCUGGAAGUAGGCAGUGAGACUGUUAUAGACAAGAGCAAAUCAAUUAAGACCUUCCUGAUGCAAAUCUUUGAGAAAAGUGGAAAUACUGACAUUGAAGGCGUUGACUCAACUAAUGCAUGCUAUGGAGGAACAGCAGCUUUAUUCAAUUGUGUCAACUGGGUUGAGAGCAGUUCAUGGGAUGGACGCUAUGGACUUGUUGUGUGCACUGACAGUGCGGUCUAUGCAGAAGGACCGGCCCGACCUACUGGAGGAGCAGCUGCUAUUGCUAUACUAAUAGGACCUGAUGCUCCCAUUUCUUUUGAAAGCAGAUUUAGGGGGAGUUAUAUGGCCCAUGCCUAUGAUUUUUACAAGCCAAACCUUGCUAGUGAAUAUCCGGUUGUUGAUGGGAAGCUUUCUCAGACAUGUUAUCUCGUGGCUGUUGAUUCUUGCUACAAACAAUUAUGUAAAAAGUAUGAAAAACUGGAAGGCAAACAAUUCUCCCUUUCUGAUGCUGAAUAUUUUGUGUUUCAUUCUCCUUAUAACAAGCUUGUACAGAAAAGCUUUGCUCGUUUGUUGUACAAUGACUUUUUGAGGAAUGCCAGCUCUGUUGAUGAGGUUGCUAAAGAAAAGCUGGAGCCAUUUUCAACAUUAUCUGGUGAUGAAAGCUACCAGAGCCGGGACCUUGAAAAGGUAACCCAGCAACUUGCGAAGUCCCUAUACGAUGCAAAGGUGCAGCCAACCACUUUGGUGCCGAAGCAAGUUGGCAACAUGUACACUGCAUCUCUCUAUGCAGCAUUUGCAUCCCUUAUUCACAAUAAACACAACACAUUGGCAGGUCAGCGGGUGAUAUUAUUCUCAUAUGGGAGUGGCUUAACUGCCACUAUGUUUUCACUGAAAUUCCAGGAGGGUCAACAUCCCUUUAGCUUAUCAAACAUUGCCGCUGUGAUGGAUGUCAAAAAGAAGUUGGAGUCAAGGAAUGAGUUCCUCCCAGAGAAGUUUGUUGAAACCAUGAAGCUAAUGGAGCACAGGUAUGGAGGCAAGGACUUUGUGACAAGCAAGGACACUAGCCUUUUAUUGCCAGGCACAUUCUAUCUGACAGAAGUUGACUCCAUGUAUCGGAGGUUCUAUGCCCAGAAGACUAAAGACAGUGCCACUGGCACCCAAUGUGAGAAUGGUUCUAUUGCCAAUGGCCACUGAGCAUUAUACAGCAUGCAUGCCAGGGAGUUGGCUUAUGCAUGUUAGGGGGUGUUUGUCAGUAGAGUAAGAACACCCUUUCAUUAUUCAGCAAACAAAAAAAGAACACCCUUUCUUAAGUUUGUAUGCUAAAAAAGCAAGUAGUCUGUUCAGCAUCAAGAGUUGUAAGGUUCUUUAUUUCUCUCUCUUUCUUUCUUUUUCAAUGAAGCUUAUCUCAAUUAUCAUUACUUCGUAAUUGUUCAAACUAAAAGGUGGAUGAUUGUAAUGUAACGAACGCUGAACUCCUUGAUAUUAAAGCCUGAGUUAAGUCAA